AUGAUAAAUUGUGCUUUUAGAAAUUGGGAACUUUGCGUUUAUCCGAAUCUACCACAAACGAGCAAACACUCUUGGAUGGUUAAAACUUGUUCGCAGGUUGAAAAACCUAGGUGUUUAAUAAUCGCUUUUCUCACCUAUACGCCGGGAAGCGUGACGGACGGUUAUAGCGGCGAUUACGACGCGUGUUCGCUGACAAACGUUAAAGCAUAUAUUAAUUCAAUCGAAUACCCGUACGAGGAUUUCAACGAGAGUUUCGACAAAAACCUGUUUACGAUGUUCUAUCAAAAUUAUAUCGAUUUCCAAAAACAUUAUUACGAGAGGGAUAACUCCCAACCGUGCCUGUCGAGAGAAAAAUAUAAAGAGUUGGGACCAUUUAUCUGCAUAGAUUGUUCGCGACAAAGCGACGAUGCGAAAAUUUCUAACGUAGAUCUACGUCUUGAAAUAGAAGCAUCCAAUAACUUUCCCGCUAACACAGCCGCCUACUGUCUGGUUAUUCACGAUCGCGUGAUUCAAUACAACCCGUUUACCGGUGAAGUUAGAAAACUAUAA